GCGCCGAUCAUCGCGACGACGAUUGUGUUACCACGGCACCGGUUCUCGCCGUGGGCGAGAAGUCGCUCGUCGAGGCGAAAACGUGGCCGUGGCAACCUCGGCGACGAUCUCCGUGCAGGACGCGAGAUUCGGCCGGGCCGCUUCUCGAGUUCGGCAUUUCUUGACACCUCGCGAUAUGACAUCCCCUCCUCCUCUGGCACGCGCGAUUCCCGACACUUCGUCCUCGUACACGACGCUGAAUUUCGAUUGUAUAUACGUCGCGUUCUGCGCAAUACCUGCCCUUUUACAAGGCCGCGCGCAUCGCCUUCGUCAAAUUCGACGCUCGCCGCUCUCUCCCUUUCUCUCUCCCUGUCUCGAUUCACGUUUACGGACGAUCGAUGCUUCCUCUCUCGCGGACGGACGAGAGCGAGGCCCGCUCGCGCCGUCCGCCGUGAUGCCUGCUGCUACCGCUGUUGUUGUCGGGACUUGAAUUUUUGCACAUUCAUGCGCGUGCCACCACAAUAAUUAUAACAUGCAAUGAGCGACAAGCAAGGUACACCUAUCUUGCCACCCCUUAGCCGGGGUGCAAGCAACAAUGGAGGUGCGAGUAACGGAGGUGCACCUCAACAGACUGUCAGUUUACAGCAGGUUCUCGCUACUGCUCAAGGCCUCAAUGUGCUCGCUACUGGCAGUGGGCAACAGUUUGUCAUUACGACUCAGGUUCCUGGCCUUACACAGGUUAUUCCGAACAACUCGUCGACUAACGCAAACGCGCAACAAGUUGGAGUCACGAGAAUCGUCAACAUCGCGAACACUCAGUCGCGCAACGCCGCAACAACUGUGGGUGGAGCGAUGUCGGCUGGCGUGAACGUUGUGAGCGCGUCGUUGCCGCAUCCGUCAACCGGCCGACAAAAUUCUACCAAGGUCGUGCUGGCGACGUCGCCGAAGCUAGUGCGCACUUCCAUAGGUAACGUCUUUGUAGCGCCUAUGUCGUCGUCACAGACGUCGUCGGCGUCGUCGUCAUCGUCACAGGCCGCACUGUCGUCGUUGUCGUCGUCACCACAAUUGGUGCCGUCGUCAUCGCCAGUGAGAAAGCGCCUAAAACUGUCGGAAUCCAGUGAGAAACCGAUCACGCUCACCGGCGAGGAUCUCGGCGGUUUACGCAGGCGGGUGCUCGAGCACAAGAUGCGACGGAUGCAGAUGCUCCGCGAGAAGUACGUCGAGAACGUGGCCGAGUUGUUCUUCCUACAGGCUGGUGGCAAUAUGAUGGAUUACUUGACGUGGCGGAAACGACCGCCCACGUCGCAAUAUCUACACUUCCUGCGGCAACGUCGACUCGAUUCGGAGGACGACGACGAGGACUUGACAGUGCCGUUACCCUCGAUACCGGAGCUGUCGCAGAUCUCUUCGUCUGCCAACACCACCGCCGUCACCGCUACCGUUACCACUCCCACUACCACUACUACCACCGUCACCGCUACCACCGUUGCAGCAGCAGCAGCAGCCGCUGCCGCCGUCGCCGCCGCAACUACAACCACUGUUACCAGCACUAUCCCCGUCGUCACCACUGCUGCUACGUCCAUUCCCACCGUGGUUCCUACUCCGAGUCAAAGCGCUCCAGAGGUCAAGAUCUCCGGUGUGGGUGUCACACCGGUAGCGGUGUCCACCACUUUGCCCGCCGCUGUGGCGCAACUCAGUCAACACGGACAAAUACCGGGUAGGCCUCAAGGCGGUCGCCACGGCAUGGUGUUUGCCUUCCGAGCAAUUCACCAGUCUUCACCGGUCACCGUUCACUCUUCAUCAUCCGCUUCUGCUACUCUAGCACCCACGCUCAUUAUAGGUGGCACGCCAGUGGUGGCAGAUCCGUCUAAACCGGUGACCACGGUCACUACUGCGAGUCCCGUGAUAGACAAGUCAUCGACGACUGUUGUUGCAACUGCCACUCCGAAGACGCCCGCGACGAUAACUACACUCAGCAAUCCGCAGCCUAUUGUUAAGCUCGUUAAAUUGUCUACGUCCACUGCGGUAACUACGUCCUGUGAUAUCACGAAUAAUCAGGAGCAAAUUGUGGAGAAGGCUAAGCAGGAGGCAUAUGUGAUGCAAAGGAUCGCCGAGUUGCAGCGCGAAGGAUUGUGGUCGGAAAGGCGAUUGCCGAAGGUACAGGAGCCGGCGCGCACUAAAGCGCAUUGGGACUAUUUGUUGGAGGAGAUGGUCUGGUUAGCCGCAGACUUCGCCCAGGAACGCAAGUGGAAGAAAGCUGCGGCGAAGAAAUGCGCACGUAUGGUACAGAAGUAUUUCCAGGAGAAGGCGAUUCAGGCGCAGAAGGCCGAAAAAUCGCAGGAGCUCCGAUUGAAGAAAAUCGCCAGCUUCGUCGCCAAAGAAAUCAAAACUUUCUGGACGAACGUCGAAAAGUUGGUGGAAUAUAAGCAGCAAACGAGGUUAGAGGAGAAACGGAAAAAAGCGUUGGAUCAACAUUUGAAUUUUAUCGUCGGUCAAACGGAAAAAUAUUCCACGUGGCUGACUGAAGGUCUCAAUAAGACCGACGGCCCUCAAAGUAUCCCGGCUUCCAUGAAUAGUUCACGUAUUUCAUCGCCGGUGCCACAGGGCAAAGGCCAUUCCGAUGAGGAAUUCCAGCCGAAUCAGAGUUCGGAUGAUGACGAGGAGACCAUAGCCAAGGCCGAGGAGGAGAUGAAACUUACGACUAACCACAAGGAAGAAGUAGAAUUGUUAAAGAGAGAAUCGGAAAUACCUUUGGAGGAUCUCUUGAGGGAACUUGGUGGAGAUUAUCUGGAAGAUCGCAACAAGAGCCUGUCGCCGCAAGAUGCGAUGAACGAGACCGAGCGAAAUGAAAAUGAAGAAACGACCGAUGGGGAUGUCGAUUUUAUCGCGGUGUCGGGUGAAUCUUCUGAUGAGGAAGAUACCAUUAUGGAAGAAGAGAGACUCGAGGGAGAUGUCGAUCACAGACGGGAACUCGAUGAACUCAAGGCGGAUAACGAAAUGUCUAUCGAUGAACUCGCGGCAAAAUACGCUAAUAUGUCAGAAGAAUUAAUGGACGUUGACGUAGAGAUUGAAGGUACAGAUAAAGAGAGCAGCGAUAAGGAAGCGGCAAGGGAUAACGAGGAGCAAUCCAGUAGUAGUGAGAGUGAAUGCGAGGAAAGCGACGAUGAGAGUGGCGAUGAAACAGCUCAGGCGCAAAGUGACGCCGAAGAGACAGAUGUGGGUCUUCGAUCUCUUCUCGAAGAUCCGUCCGGCGAACAACAGUUGGAGAACAAAACUGUAGAAGCCGAUCGUUCGGACGCUCGUAACGAAAUGGAUAACGUCGCCGCGUUGGCCGAAAGCAUUCAGCCUAAGGGGAACACAUUACUCACCACUAGUGUUGUUACAAAAAUACCCUUCCUGCUGAAACAUCCGCUUCGCGAGUAUCAACAUAUAGGGUUGGAUUGGCUCGUUACCAUGUACGAUAGAAAACUGAACGGUAUUUUGGCGGACGAGAUGGGUCUUGGUAAAACUAUACAGACCAUCGCGUUAUUGGCACAUCUGGCCUGCGAGAAGGGAAACUGGGGUCCGCAUCUCGUCAUCGUGCCGACUUCCGUGAUGUUGAAUUGGGAAAUGGAAUGCAAGAAAUGGUGUCCCGGAUUCAAGAUACUGACGUAUUACGGCACACAGAAGGAAAGAAAGCAAAAGAGAACAGGCUGGACAAAACCGAACGCCUUCCACAUAUGCAUAACAUCUUACAAGUUAGUCAUACAAGAUCACCAAAGUUUUAGACGGAAGAAGUGGAAGUAUCUUAUCUUGGACGAGGCGCAGAAUAUUAAGAACUUUAAGUCGCAAAGAUGGCAAUUGUUGUUGAAUUUUCAAACGCAACGGAGGUUACUGCUCACCGGCACACCCCUCCAGAACAAUUUAAUGGAGCUAUGGUCGCUCAUGCACUUUCUCAUGCCUAAUGUGUUUCAAUCUCAUCGAGAAUUCAAGGAGUGGUUCAGCAAUCCCGUUACGGGUAUGAUCGAGGGAAACAGUGAAUACAACGAGAACAUCAUCCGUCGUCUGCAUAAGGUAUUGCGGCCGUUUCUCUUGAGGCGUUUGAAAACUGAAGUGGAAAAGCAACUGCCGAAGAAAUAUGAGCACGUAGUGAUGUGUCGUUUGUCGAAACGUCAGAGAUUUUUGUACGAUGACUUUAUGUCGAGAGCCAAGACCAGAGAGACACUCGCCAGCGGGAAUCUUUUAAGCGUGAUCAACGUGCUGAUGCAACUUCGGAAGGUGUGCAACCAUCCGAACUUGUUCGAGGUGCGACCCACCGUCUCGCCGUUUCAGAUGGAGGCACUCGAGUUCGUGACAGCCUCGUUAGUGUGGGCUACCCUCGACUACGACCCGUUGAAGCACAUCGAUCUGUCUAGCGUGAACCUUUUACUGUUAGAUUUGGAGCUGACGCUCAGUGCAUUUGUCGCACACAGAGUAAGACGACUGCAAACGUCAAGAAAACUAAUAGAGGAAAUAGACAAUCAACCGGAAGCGGCGCCGCGUUGUCCGUCGGGUCGGAUUAAGAUUAACGUUAGAUUGUCGAAUCAGACGAAACCGUCGCCGUCGAAUGUACAACAACAGCAACACACACAGACGAAAUUAAAAAAUCUGGCCGGUGUACUACCUACGCCAAGAGUGGGUACGUCACCCUUCAUAAAGUCGUUAAAUGCCAGUCAGGCUGCUUCGGGGCAGGGUGUAACACUCCGAGUAGCGGGAGGCCAACAAUUGCAAGGAUAUUCCGUGCAACUUGUACAGCAUCAGGGUAGCGUGAAAGCUAUUCCGGUAGCAACAUUGGCGCACAAUCCGCAAAGCACUACCACUGUGACGUCGACCACUGCGACGACGAACGCGCAGAGGAUCACAGUGGGAAACGCCAACAUCAGGGAUGGCUUGCAGCGGCUGACCGCGCAGACCGUCACGGUCAAGCAAGGCGAUUCCGUCCAAAGGAUAGCAAUGCCCAGUUUCGCGCAGCUGGUUCAAACCUCCACCGGUAGACAUAUCAUUCUUACGUCGAACCAGCAGAACACGAACGCAGUCUCGUUUCCAGUAAUGACACCGAGCGGCCAGCGUCUCACGGUGCUAUCGAAAUCCUUGAUGGGCCUGUCCUCCUCGGGGACUGCUGUGAACAAAGUCGUCGGCAGUGUGGUGACGACUACGAGCGGCCGACCUGUUAUGAGAGUGCCGCCGCUGAACGUCAGCCAUGCCUCGCAGACGCAGUCGUCGAGUGGCAAUAGCAGCCAACAACCGCAACCGAUACGCAGUAUCGUGACCAGACAAUCUCAGAAGGAGGCGAACAAGGCGCAAAGCAAGGAACAGCCGAAAUCCGAGUUCCAUUUGCCACAACUGGAAGAAGAGAGACGGCAAAGACGGCAGGCCAAAUUGCGACUCAUAGCGAACAUUAACGAACGGAGAUGCGCAGCCUGUCCACUUUACGGUGAAGACUUGUUCAUGGCGUUGAGAAUAGGCAAGCCGUCAACGGCUUGUCCUUGGCACAACGGAUGGAUGCACUGUGCUACGGUCAAGCAGAGUACACGGAUGCGCCGAGAGUUUUUCUCUCGCACGGAGGCACUUGCGGAAGCCAUCAAGUCCACGGAGCGGAUCGUCGAGGAGCUCAAGGAAGUCUUCGAAAGAUUCGUGGUUCACGUGCCAGCAGUACGCGCGCCGGUACCUCGGUUCCACGUGUCCCACCCACCGCCACAUAAGCUGUGGAACGAGCGUCGCCUAAGAGUGGAAUUGCAGCAUCAGCUGUCGCCGAAAUUCGCCCUGCUCCAUUCGAUCUCAGGUCGCAUGCUGACGCAAUUCCCUGACCCGAGACUGAUCCAGUAUGACUGCGGCAAGCUGCAGUCGCUGGACCGUCUGCUGAGGAAGCUCAAGUCCGACAAUCAUCGGGUUCUCAUAUUCACGCAGAUGACUCGAAUGUUGGACGUGCUUGAAGCUUUCCUCAAUUUCCACGGGCACAUUUAUCUGCGGCUGGACGGCACCACACGAGUGGAUCAGCGUCAGGUAUUGAUGGAGCGAUUCAACGGCGAUAAGCGGAUUUUCUGCUUCAUUUUGUCCACAAGAUCCGGUGGCGUGGGUGUAAAUCUGACGGGCGCGGAUACAGUGAUAUUCUACGACAGUGACUGGAACCCCACGAUGGACGCUCAAGCACAGGACAGAUGUCACAGAAUAGGGCAAACGCGGGAUGUGCAUAUCUACAGAUUAGUCAGUGAGAAGACAGUGGAAGAGAACAUCCUAAAGAAGGCGAAUCAGAAACGAUUACUGGGAGACCUCGCCAUUGAAGGCGGAAACUUCACCACGGCGUACUUCAAAAGUUCCACUAUUCAAGAUCUCUUCAACAUCGACCAAACAGAAAACGAUCCGUCAGCACGAAUGGCUGAAGUACUGGAACAGAGCCGAGACCGGGAGAGAGCCUGGAGCAAGGAUACAACACCCUUCCAGGGUGCAUCUUCUUCGUCGUCUCAGUAUACAGAGGAAAAAGUGGCUAUCGGCGCCCUCGAGAGUGCACUCGCCGCGGCCGAAGAAGAUCUCGAUGUUCAGGCAGCGAAGACCGCGAAGGCGGAGGCAGUCGCUGAUCUCGCAGAGUUCGACGAGAACAUUCCCCUGGACGACGCUGACAGGGACGACGCGCAAGUCAGCAAGGCGGAACAGGAAGUUCAACAUUUGGUUUCUCAGUUGACCCCAAUCGAGCGGUACGCGAUGAGAUUCAUCGAGGAGUCCGAAGGCUCGUUCUCCACGGCGCAACUGGCUGCCGCCGAGCGCGAGCUGGAGGAGCAGAAAAAGGAGUGGGAGCUGGACCGGCUGCGGGCGCUGCGCGAGGAGGAGGAGCGACGCAUGCGAUUAGCCGAGGACGACGAGGAGAAGCCGCUGACGUUCGGCCGCGAGGACGCCCAGAAUCAGGUUAAUAGCACCGCCGCUAAUAAGGGCGGCUCCAAACGAUUAGUUAAUAAGAGGCUAUCGGUACCGAGUAGAAGAAGUUCGCGUAGACGCGGUGGCGGCGGCGGUAGAAGUAGGAAUAACGCUAGUAAUAGGGGUGGUGGCGUGCGCGAGUCGUCAUCGCGGAGCGAGAACGAGACCACGACUAGCACCGAGUCGGAGUCGGAAUCAGAGUCGCAAGAGGAGGAGGAGGACGUGGUGGAAGACAGUCUCGACGAGGAAUCGAGUCAUACGGAGAGUCAAAGUCAAGGUGACGAGGGCGAAGGGGAGGAGGAAGGCGACAAAGACGAUGACGAGGGAGAGGAGGAAGACGCUAGUGAAGGCAACGAGGAUAACAGGGCGAACAGCAACGGAGGUAACGGCACCGAGCGAGGAGAGGGUCUUCCGAGGCGAAGAGGUCGCCUGGCGGGCGCUACCUGCGGUCGCAAUCACUUUGAUCUGAAUAGUCCUCGCACCAGGUCCCGGGGGAACGUUAAGAUCAAUCUGUGGACUUUGGAUGUUAGUCCCAUCCUGCCGGGCGUGAAGCCCAAUUGUCGUCGCCAACAACCGCAGCGCACCUCGAAGUUCCGCUGCGUUAAGUUCGAGAGAACUCUCUCCUCCUCUCUGACAUCGUCGCCGGUGGUUAUAACGAAGAGAAGAACUCGGAUCAACGCGAACGCCAAGGCAUCAGCUAAUUCGAAUGAGAACUUGAAGAUUAAGACAGCGGAGGAGGAGCGAGAACCGUCGAAGGACGAGCGUGAUUCAAGGAGAAACGACCGAGAGUCCUCGUCGAAGGCCGAUCGUGACUCGACGAGGAACGAGCGAGACUCCUUGUCGAAGGACGAUCGAGGUUCGAUGAAAAAUGAGCGAGACUCCUUGUCGACGGACGACCAUGAUUCUCCAAGAAACGACCGUGACUCUUCGCCGAAGAUUGAUCACGAUUCAACGAAUAACGAUCAUGCUUCGUCAAAGGACGAUUCAGUUGCAACCGAAGAUCGAAAUUCGAUGAAACGUGAGCAGGACUCGUCGAAGGACGAUGACAAUUCGGUGAAUGAUCAUUCAAAAGAUUCAACGAAGCACGAUCGAGGUUCGUCAAGGAGCGAUCAUGAUUCCACGAAUGACGAUCGAGGUUCGACGAAGAACGAUGAAGUCUCGUCGAAAGACGAACAAGGUCCGUUGAAGGAUGAUCGAGACUCGAUGACGUCCUCAAACAGUGUAAAGCAGCACGUUUCUGACGCUGACGUUGACGCGGAGCGACUUGCCGAUGAUCACACGGAUCCGAUGACACCGACUGCUCCCGCAAAACCGGAUCAAGCGAAAACGGCAGAAUCGAAGUUGGAUAACACGGAGCAAGGCGUUAAAGAAGAGAAAGAGAGGGAGAAAAACAGCGACAAGGUCAUUCGCGUUAACCUCGUGUCUACAGUCUGCUCUGUUCAGGUGACGCGCUGCUCGCAAAAAUUUACUUCCGCGACCUACCGGAAGCUCGGGCCCGAAGUGAACCGCAACGAGGACGCGGAGAAUCUCGAUGUGAACGUCAACACGAGGGGCUCCCUGUCCUCGUCGGGCAGCGCGCAAUCGGACGUGUCUUUAAAGCGCGCGAAGGAGACCACGACGGCGACGACGCGCGAGGCCAAGUCCGUAGCCGAGAUCGUCGUGUCGGCGAAUUCUCUGUUCAAUAAUUCGCGAGUGAAGCUCGUGAACGCAGUGGCCUCGAAGGAGUCGGAGAGGAACAGCGUCGACUCAUCCGCGAGUCGCUCGGUUCCUCUCCUACGCUCGAAGACGCUGCGAAGUGGGAGUCCUGACAUCUCGUCGUCGUCGUCAUCGCCGUCGUCACCGUCGUCGUCAUCGUUGUCUUCAUCGAACGACAAGUUCGUGAAGAGCGCCGCGGUGUCUCGCGUGUCCGUCGCGCAGAAAAAUUCCAAAUCCGACAACGUGAGUUUGUCCGACGAGGACGACGCGCGACACGUUGACGAGGGGAGCCACGACAACAUCGAGCCGGUGACGACAGUAGCGACGCGAAAGUAUACUAGUCAGAAAUUUAACAAUUCGAAGAGCGAGAACACGGACUCGGAGAAGGCGGGCGAUUCCCUGCUGAAUUCGGUGUCUUCCGACUGUUCGGUGGUCCUGUCGCCAGGAAAGUGCGAGGUCAUCUCGGGUGAUUCGAAAUACAAGUUACGGAAAGUUGUAAUAGACGCAGCAAGCGCAGGCCCUCGAGGCGUGACUACUCGCAGCUCGAAGCUCUCUCCGGUGGCCGUUGGGAGCAACAGUCGGCCGGAAGAAAGCAACGUGCGGUUGGCAGACGACAAGGUCGAGGCGGAAGCGACCAAGAACGCCUCACCGCAAGUGAAGGUGAGCCAGUGCACUCGCUCGACGUCGUCCUCGUCGUCUUCUUCUCCGCAGCAACAGUCCGUCACUGAACAGAGCAGAGUUACGCGAUCGACAAUAGGUCGCUCGUUCACGCCGCCGCUGAUCGGCGACGCGCGGAACUCACCUUUGCGAGUAACCGCCGUGAAACGACGGCCUGACACGCCACUACCUCGGCCAAUCACGAGGUCUGCAGCGACCAUCGUCAGUUUCGACGACUCGAUCACCGCCGCCUCGUCGUCCUCCGCUUAUCGAGGUGAGAAACACGCAACCCGACAAAACUCCAAGUUGUCUUCGUGCCAAGACAACGGCUUCGUGAAUCCGCCGCUGCCGUUCCGACGCAGCAGGUCGAUACCACCAAUGAAGCCGGAUGUGAGCAAAGAGACGACGACGGCGGUCGUCAUAGUGGAGCGAAACCCGAAUAUUCAGCUGAAGCGUCGCCCGGACACUCCACGGCCGACGAGCGUUCCUACGAGCAACAACGAGCAACAGCAGUCGGUCCCCAGGGUGACACGCUCGGGCAUGACUCUGAAUUCCGCCACGAAGGCAGCCACGUCGCCGCCCUGUCCCAGCAAUACGCCACGAACCAGCGGGAAACAGCAGCAGCAACAGCCACCUCGAGGUUCACCGACGCGCGAGCCGAGCGCGAACGACGCUACAGAGCGAGGCUCCAUGACGCCUUACUCAUUUGAGAAACCGCAACGGACAGCCAAGGUCGUCGCCAUCCUCACUCUGGACACGAGAAGCAAUCAUCAGCACCACAACAGCAAGGCUCCCUCGUCGAUUCAGCCGAAAGCGGCCGUCAACUGCGCCGCUGGCAGCUCGGAGGUGAAGGCGCAAGACAAAGAGGUCUUCACGACGCGGUUGUCAGACUCCUUGAAGGAACAAGAGACCGAGAGCGAAGGUUACGACUCAUCCCCCGACUCCAAGUCCAAGAGACUGCGCAGGGAGAACAAACGCGGCAAGGUAGCUUCGUAUAUUGACGAGGACGGACAGUUGGACCGAGACGACGAACCACCGUCCAAGAGGAUUACCUCCCGCACUUCAAGUCACCUCUCCGCUGCCACCUCCGCCUCCACCUCCUCCACGCAAGCUCAGACGCGUUCUGAGAAACUGAGGAACGCCACGGUAUCUUGAGCCUCGCUGAAGCUCGGUCGGUUGUUGCUGUCUUCAUGGUCGUCGUCGCCGCCGCCGUCGUUGCCGCCGUCGUUGCUGCCGUCGCGAGCGCUAUUAUCGUUGUUCGAUCCGCCGGUUACUUGUAGCUCGCCUACUGUAUGUGCAUGACGCCGCCAGGCUCGGCCCCGACACUCGUCACACGAUGCAUUGUCAUCGCGCGAAGAGAGACGAGACCCCGGUGGGUCCAUAGAGGAGGUGUCUACGAUUUCUCGCGCGUUAUACGCGCGCGCCGCUAAUGACGCGUCGGCACUCGCGCGCCGUGCUCAGCGCUAAACGCGGCCGUCCGGCUCGAGGUGAGAUGUUGUUACGCGUGACCGCUUCGUCAUCGUGACGAGGGGACGCCUCCCCGAGGUUUGUCAACGUCGUAUGCGGAUGUAAGAGAAUGCGAUGUUGCCGAUGAUGAAGACUCCGGAAAAGACCGGGCUGACGCGGAAGACAGACAUCUUCAUCCCGCAACAGAGACGAACUUUGUAUUGCCGUAUUUCACGCGGGAAGAGUGCCCGGCGAAGGUCCUCGUGGGUCAUGAAACUGACGAGGACCUCGCCUCGGUGAGGGGGGGAGAACGAGAGAGUCGAGCGGGGACGCGUUAGGCGCUAAACGCGGUGCGCUGGUGCGCGCGUCGUCGUCUUUGUACAUAAUCACGAAUACGACUUACAAUUUAAGCAAUGAGUUUCCUCGGUUGUACCCCGGGUACACGUGUAAUAUUUGUAGCGUUGUAAAUUUGUGCUCUGUGGCCGCCUCGCCGCCCCUCUCAUGUCGUCAUUUCACCUUGUCUUCAUCUCAUUUCAUCUCUUAUCCAAUUCGGUUUACGCAGGCACCGAGAGAGACGGGUCCGUCCUUCUUGACUGUGCUCCCCGUAUCGACCCCUCAUCCUGAGAUUCUUGUCUCCUCUCCGGGUAGACCGCUGCGCACGGUAAACUGAGACGUAGGCUAGUGCAGGCAAGAAGGACCGAUUCUUCUGAUUCUUCGGGUACCUAGACUAUUCGCGGAUUUAUACAGUCGUAUAAAUGACGGUGUGACGAGACAAGUACGAACAGGUGUAUUAUAUUAGGAAAAGUGGUCAUAUUACACAACA